AUGUUGCUGCUGGGGCUGGUGGCCCUCGUGUGUGGUUUGUUUACCGUCGGGCCGGCAACGGCCGAGAAACUGCAGCUCGUGUACCAGUGGUCACAGAUGCGGUCCACCGCCAACCGAUCGGGGUCGGAGAUCGUAAUGUUCACGGGGAAUACCGUACCGACGGAGGCAAGAGAUGAAUACAACGCGUACGGAAAUCUACCGAUGGGAGUGACGCACUAUAAGGGAUUCCUGUACGUUACCAUUCCACGCCGCCGAACGGGUAUUCCUGCUACGCUGAACCGGAUAGAUUUGGCCCGCAAUCCGUCCGUGAGCGGGCCCGCGCUGGAACCAUAUCCGAAUCUGCUGGCCAACUCGCUACGGACUGACUUUGCCGCCGAUCCGAAGCGAAUCGUGUCCGUGUACCGUACCCAGGUGGAUCGGUGCGGUCGGUUAUGGUUUGUGGACACGGGCCACCUCGAGUAUCCGGGCGGUGCGGCCCGCCAGGUACAACGGCCCGCCCUCUGGGUCAUCAAUCUGGCCAGCCAGUCGAGUGUGCGACGGUUCGAGAUCCCGCCGGAGAUGGUCGAAUUCGGGUACGGCAUCCCGAACAUCGAGGUGGACGUAAGCGCAACCGACUGCGAUCGGGCGUACGCGUACAUUCCCGACUACGAGUGGCAACGGCUGUAUGUGUACGGGCUGACCGAGAACCGGAUGUGGCGGUUCGAGCACAACUACUUCUCGUUCGAGCCACGGUACGGCGAUUUCAACGUGGCGGGCAGUCGCUUCGUGUGGCGCGAUGGCAUCUUCUCGGUGGCCGUCGGUGGCCGGUGGCAGCAGAGUGACACCGAGCGGGCCGUCUAUCUGCACUCGAUGGCGUCGACGAGCGAGAUCGUCGUCUCGAACCGGGUGCUGCAGAACGAAACGCUGGCCGGCCUGGGCAAUGGGGUAUACGCGAGCGCCUUCCUCCACCUGGGAUCGCGUGGUCCGAAUACGCAGAGCACGAGCCACGCGUACGAUCCGACCACUGGGGUGCUGUUCUACGCCGAGGUCAACCGCAAUUCGAUCGGUUGCUGGAACACGAACCGUCCCUUCACUCCGGACAACCAUGGUAUCGUACAUCUGGACAACGAGGAGAUGAUCUAUCCGGCGGAUUUGAAGAUUGACACCGAGGGCACCCUGUGGGUCAUUUCAAACCGCCUGCCGAUCUGGAUCUACUCCCGGUUAAACACAACCGAUAUAAACUAUCGCAUCUGGCGUCAGUCGGCAUUCAAAGCGGCCGCCGGCACGAUUUGUGAAUAACGUUAAG